ACAAUGUUUAUGGACAAGGAAUGGCCGAUGUGUUCCCUGACGUGGCGAGUGGAGAUAUCGAGGCGUCCUAUCAGGGCGUCCGGCAGGCCAUCUCCCUCGCCGUUACUCUGGGCUUCGCCCUGCUGGGGGGGCUCAUCGUUGGUUUUAUUCUGAAGCUUCCUGUGUUCGGCGCUCCUUCUGACGCCAUCUGCUACGAGGACAGCAUCUACUGGGAGGUGCCCGGAGAGGAGGAGGCUCACGACGGUCAGCUGACUGCUGUGAGGACCACGGAGACUGAGAAGCUCAACAAUUAGACACACACACACACACACACACACACACACACACACACACACACACACACACACACACACACACACA